AUGGAUUCUCACAUACGCAAUCAAUUAUUAUCGACCGGCGACGAGGAAGAUUCCGGCGACUCCAUUGUCGUCCGGCGAAUCCAGCGACUGUCCUUGCACCUAAAUCCAAAUAUUAUCUCUGAUCACGAGCAGUCGACGUCCAAUAUCAUGAAUAUCAUGGAUACGCUAUCGUGCGCCUCCUUCAAGAGUACUACAAAGCGGCCUCUCUCGGAUUACAUGAGAGGAAAGUAUGUCGUAGAUUUACAGGAGAGGAUUUUGGAGCACUUCAAUUCUCGGCCUGAUCUUCAAACUCCAUCAAUUGGAAUUUCUAUGGAUGAUCAUCGUGAGCUCUGUUACCGACAGCUUAUGAGUUUGAUCAAAGAAGCUGGAAUCAAGCCUUUACGUUACAUCACUGAAGAUGUAGAGAAAUAUCUUGCAAUUCUUGAAGCUGUUGGAACCAUCGAUAUGUCUCUUGCGAUCAUGAUUGGCAAAAUCACUAUAUUUUUGUGCAGUUUAUGGGGAGGUUCGGUUGUCAACUUGGGAACUAAAAAGCAUCAUGAAAAGUACUUUGAAGGAAUCGACAAUUUGGAGUAUAUGGGUUGUUUUGCCAUGACUGAACUUCAUCAUGGUUCAAAUGUUCAAGGGCUUCAAACAACAGCUCUGUUCGAUCCAAUCACAGACGAGUUCAUAAUCGACACACCCAACGACGGAGCGAUCAAAUGGUGGAUUGGAAACGCCGCUCUUCACGGGAAAUUCGCUUCAGUAUUCGCAAGGCUGUUACUACCAACUUACGACGACGACAAAGGGGUAUCCGACAUGGGUGUUCACGCUUUCAUCGUUCCAAUAAGAGAUCUCGAGACCCACCAAACACUCCCCGGAAUAGAAAUACACGACUGCGGCCAAAAAAUCGGCCUGAACGGAAUAGAUAACGGAGCCUUGAGGUUCCGUUCUGUCAGGAUUCCGAGAGAAAAUCUUCUGAAUAGGAUGGGAGACGUUAGUCGUGAUGGAAAAUACACUAGCGGAAUUCCAACCGUUAGUAAGCGUUUUGCAGCCACACUAGGCGAGCUUGUGGGUGGAAGGGUCGGACUCACUUUUUAUUCUGUCAGCGUUUUGAAGGUAGUUUGUACGAUCGCGAUUCGAUACUCAUUCUUUCUUCAGCAGUUUGGUCCUCCGAAGAAGCCUGAAAUGUUGAUUCUUGAUUAUCAUUCUCAUCGACAACACAGACUUAUGCCGAUGCUGGCUUCUGCUUAUGCUUUCCAUUUCGCUGCUAAGUCAUUGAUAGGGAAGUACUCGUAUAUGAAGAAAUUUCAAGAUGAUAAAGAAAUUGGCGACAUUCAUUCACUCUCGUCGGGAUUGAAAGCUUAUAUCACCACUUAUACAGCUAAGGCGUUGAGUGUUUGUAGGGAGUCUUGUAGUGGCCAUGGAUAUGGAUAUGCUGCUGUAAAUCGUUUCGGUAGCUUGAGGAAUGAUCACGAUGUUUUCCAGACUUUUGAAGGAGAUAAUACUGUGCUGCUUCAACAGGUAGCUGGAGAUCUUUUGAAGCAAUAUCAAGAGAAAUUCCAAGGCGGGACGAUCUCUGUUUCUUGGAACUAUCUGAAGGAGUCGAUGAGUUCUUAUCUCUCCCAACCGAAUCCAGUCACCUCUCGUUGGGAGAGUGCAGACCAUUUACGCGAUCCAAAAUUCCAGUUGGAUGCCUUUAGCUAUCGAACAUCUCGAUUGCUUCAAACAGCUGCAGUACGUCUUCAAAAGCAUUCCAAGAAACUAGGAGGUUUCGGGGCUUGGAAUCGAUGUUUAAAUCAUCUCUUAACUCUAUCUGAAUCCCAUAUAGAAACUGUCAUCCUUACAAAGUUCAUCGAAGCAGUUCAGAGCUGUCCUGAUGAAAAUAGUCGAGCUGGUCUGAAACUGGUUUGUGACCUAUAUGCAUUGGACCGAAUCUGGAACGACAUAGGAACUUAUAGGAACAUAGAUUAUGUGGCUCCAAACAAAGCUAAGGUUAAAACAAACAAAAAAAUGAUAUUCCAAAUUCCAAGUUUUGUGAAACUGAUAUAUAUUAUUUAUUGUGUUUGUUGCAGGUAAUUCAUAAGCUGACAGAAUACCUUAGCUUUCAAGUAAGGAACAUUGCGAAAGAGCUCGUGGAUGCGUUUGAACUGCCGGAUCAAGUUCUGCGUGCCCCGUUCGGAAUGAAGUCUACAUAGACAGAGGAAGUAUAUACACAUUAUACACAAAUAGUUGGAUUCUAACUGUCUCUCCAAAGAACACAAAGAUGAAGAGGUUGGCUUGUUUGUUAUGUUGAUCAUGAAGAUGAUAUGUUGAACUAUUUAAUUUAAUUUUGAUUUUAAAGAAUUAUGGAUUAUUAUUAAUAAGGUGUUUUAACCAUUGUUAAGAAUAGACAACCUACCUUGUUUUUGU